GCUGAUAGUCUUUUGUUUUGAUUUAUCCCCAAAUUAGGUGUGCUUUACCGCCGGCGACGGGGCAGAGCAAAACCUAGUCUCCCCUCGCCGGAAUCCGCCCUCCUCAUCCUCCUCCCCACUUCUACGGGUAGUGGACCGCCGUGGCGCGGGCAUCCAUCCGGACUUGCUCCAUUCCUGUUGGGUACCCUUCUUCCUCUUGCUCACCAUGGUUACGCCGUAGGAGAAUCGGCGGUGCCUUAGGUGUUUGCGCGGAAUUUGUUUUCCAGACGAUUUGGGGAUUCAACUGAACCCUAUGCCGCGCGUUAAGCCUGCCGCCGGCAUGCCCCCUUACCACCACCGGGCGCUCCCCGGCCCCGGCCCUGGCCCCGGUCAGGGUCCAGUUCCCACGGCGCAUGGGAUGAUGCACCGGGAGGUUCGUGAUCCGUACGGGCCGGGGAUGCACCUGCCGCCGCCGGGGCAUGGGCCUGGGCCCGGGCCGUUCCCCUACGACAUGCUGCCGCCGCCGGAGGUCCUGGAGCAGAAGCUCGCUGCACAGCGCGUGGAGAUGCAGAAGCUGGCGGUGGAGAACGACCGGCUCGCCGUGAGCCACUCGUCGCUGAGGAAAGAGCUGGCGGCGGCGCAGCAGGAGCUGCAGAGGCUGCAGGCGCAAGGGGAGGCAGCGAAAGCCGCCGAGGAGCAGGAGAUGAGGGGGCUCCUUGACAAGGUUGGGAAGAUGGAGGCUGAACUGAAAGCCUGCGAGUCCGUGAAAGUGGAGCUGCAGCAGGCGCACGCCGAGGCACAGAACCUUGUGGCGGUGAGGCAGAACAUGGCGGCGGAUGUUCAGAAGCUGAGCAAGGACCUGCAGAGGAACCUUGGUGAGGCGCAGCAGCUUCCGGCGCUCGUUGCUGAACGGGAUGCUGCAAGACAAGAAUAUGAGCACCUCAGGUCUACGUAUGAGUAUGAAAGGAAACUCAGGGUGGAUCACUCUGAAUCGCUGCAGGCUAUGAAGAGGAAUUACGACUCCAUGGUUACAGAGCUGGAAAAACUUCGUGCCGAGAUGAGGAAUGCAGCUAAUCUUGACAAAAGUGGUAUUUUCUACAAACCCAUUACUGGUCAAAAGGAUGAUGGUACAUCUAGCCAUCUUUCUGUUGGACAAAUUGCUUAUGAUGGUUAUGGAAGAGCACAGGCAAGGACAACUCCUACUGGUCUGGUAGACCCAUUAAGUGGAAGCCCAGCUGGAACUGGUCUUCAUUCUGGAUUUGAUCCAUCAAGAGGCAAUACGUAUGAUGCUUCUCGUGUUGCCAGUUUCAGUUCUUCAAAAUCUGGAACCCAUGAUGUAUCAAGGGUUGCCUCUGGCUUUGAUUCUUUGAAGAGUGCUGGGUAUGAUGCUUCAAAGGCACCUGCAAUUGGAGGACAGGCGGCAGCUACUGUGGCUCAUGGGAGCAGUGCUGGUUCCUAUGGAUCCAAUCAGACAACACCGCCUCCAUAUGCAUGGGUACAAUCUGCAUCCACCUACGGAUCUGUACAGAUGCCACCAUCUUAUGCGUCUGCGUCCGUUCCAUCAUCCUAUGGCGCAGCAACAGCACAUCCCUAUGGCUCAGCUCAGGCGCUACCAUCAUACGGACAAACACAGGCACCAGCUGCGUAUGGACACACACAGCAACUGUCAUCCUAUGGUCUAGCACAGGCACAGUCUUCCUUUGCUGCUGCACAGGGUUCCUCUCCCUAUGGGUUGGCCAAACAGCCUCCAGCCUAUGGAUCUGGGCGAGCAGCAGCUAAUGCUGGCAGUAAUUACGAAGCUCUUCACGGACGCAAAUAAUUUGGGGACACUUGUAUUUUUUUUAUAUUGCAAAAGAGAGCUUUGCACACCCGAUUCCUUUCUGCAGCUACUGGGACCGUGUUGUUUAACUGCUGAGAUGUGAGAAGAAUUAGUAAAGGAUAAUCUUUGUAAUUAUAUCUUGUGAUUCUUCCAAAGCAUUUUUAUUCAAUAGAAUAGAGAGUUCUGACA